CAUAUUCACAUUUUCAAAUAUAAAAUAUGGCAUGAGAAAAAAAUAGAGCACUUACCCACGAAAGGUGCGGCCAUUUUAAAUGUGUAAAUUGUACGAGCAAAGAUGAAUCGGAUUAGAAUUUCUUCUAAACAGAAGCAAAUGCUCGUUCGUUUCGUAAAAACCAACCCUAUAUUAGAAACUAAUUGCCGUCGCAAUGAUAUUAAGAAAAGAAGAUUGUGGUGCCUGAUCACGAAAAUUUUAAAUUCAGUUCCAAAUGGAGUGAGCAAACCUUGGAAAGGAUGGAGGAAGUACUGGCAGGCUUUGAAAAGGAAUUUUAAAAAAAUUAAACACACUUACACAGUGUUGACCGUUGACGAAGACGAUGAUUUCAUGGACACGGAAAAUUGUAAAAAAGAUGACAAGUCUGAAGAAAGGAAAGAAGUUGAAGUACCACCAGAAAUAGAUCAAAUCUCUUUCUUAGAUAUGGAAGCCAUAAACAUAGAGGAAGUAGAGGAAUUAUUUGAAAUGGUGUAAAUUUAACUGGUUGACAGUUCCUAAAAUAUUAUAUAAUUUUCACUUAAGAACCUUAUUAAAACAUUAUAAAAUAUGUAUAUAGGCUGUACUUUACCUAUUGACGCAAAAAUAUUGUGAUUUGCUACCACAAAUUUAAUAUUUUGUCUUGAUUUAAUUCAAUUAAUUUUAAUUCUUCUUACGCAAAAUUCGAUAAAACGGUUUGUUUUAACUAAUAAAGUUAACAUUUUAUCAAUAAAGUCUUUUCACCAUAUUUUAUUUUAAAAAGACUAGUUUAUAUAAAAGUAAAUAAAA